AUGCCGACGCCUUCCAACGCGGUCCUGGUCAGGGAGACUUCCAACCCAGAGAUCCAAGAGCUUCCAGAAAACUGGAUGAAGAGUGUGGCCAUCGACGUCCCGACAGGCAACCACAAUCGCCCAGAGGUGGAUCCCCGAGAACUCCUCGCGGAGAUCCGACGCCUCAGCCGGCGCGUAGAAGCCCUCGAAGAGCAGCUGUCCACCGAGCCUCCAGAUGAGGAAGAUGUCCUUGAGUCCCCGGACAGUGCUCAUGAGACAAAGUCGGAUUGUUCCCAAGCAGCGGUUUCGCAGACGGAGCAGGCGUUUCAAUCCAAGGAGAUGCUUGCAGGCCCUGACCCGCCUGUGAAGAAGCCUAAUAACCACAAGAAGAAGAAGAAAACUACUCCUGUGCACUUCGAGGCAAGUGCAUGGAACAUUCCACUCGUGAUUGGAUUGGCCGAUGUGGGCUGGGUGGACGCCUUCGCAGCGUCGCUCCUCAUCGCAGUGAACCUUGGCAUGCAGAUUGCAUUUUCAGCCAUUCUCCUUUCCGAGCCUUUCAUGGGAGAGACCUUCGACGAGAAUGUGGACAGCGCCAGAAUCUGGCGAAGGAGCAUGGCCCACGACGAUUCCUACGUCGACCUCUCAGGUACGAGUUUGGUGUCUCGCGUCUGUGCUCUUGAUGGAGCUUUGAUCUUGUCCAACCGGCAGGCGGACCUCGUGAAGCAGAUCAAUGCCUUCUUAGGCAUUCGCAAAGCGGA